ACAGCGAGUCCCUCUUUCGAUUUGGAUCUUUUGCGAUCUAAAUGACACUGAGUCGUGCAUACCUUAGGAAAGAAUUCUCUUGCAAAUCACAGAAUUUUUAGUUUCGUCGCCCCUUGAUAACCGGACAUCAUCUUUCUCGGAACCAAUGAUGAAUGAUGAAGAGAUUCAGCACAGAUUGAUUCAGAGAAGAGCUCUCUCUUGACAACUUCUUCAUUGACACCCAAUACAGGUGUUGGAUCCCCUUCUCAUCACAUCAUUUCAUAGUUUGGAGAGUUGUUCCGGUUAUAGACAGUUUUGAAAAAAUGACAUCCUCUCCAGUUUCCGUCGUACCCGUAGAGGCACCCAAAGAGGAGCCCCUAGAGCUGUCCCUCUUGGCGGAAGUAGAGAAGAAUCAGCCAUGGAUUUGCCCGGCUUCCGCUAAGUCUAUUCGAACCGUCAAUCCCAUUCGAGCCAUUGUGGAUCCGAUCGUGGCCAACAUGAAAACGGGAGAGGAACGGGGAGAUGGCAAAGAUUUGAUUUCUUUGGCGCUGGGAGACCCCACAGUAGCCGGGAACCUCCCUCCCUGUCCCGUGGCACUGACUGCCGUGGAGACAGCAUUGCAAUCACAAGGCCAUGCCGCUGGAUACGUCAAUGCCUGUGGCGUUCCAGCCGCCCGAGAGGCAAUCGCACGCUUCCACAAUGCCAAGUCGGCCGAUGCCGUCGUCAUUGCCAAUGGCUGCAGUGGUGCCUUGGAACUGGCCUUGACGGCACUAUUGGAUCCUGGAACCGUCUUGUUGGUGCCAUCUCCCGGAUUUCCACUCUACCAAGUCAUUGCCGAAUCUCACGGUGCCAGUGUGGUGCACUACCGCUUGCUGCCUGACCAAAACUGGGAAUGCGAUCUCCGGCACAUGGAGGAACUCCUUGGACUUUAUGGGCCUCAUCGCGUCCGAGGGAUUCUUGUCAAUAAUCCCUGCAAUCCGACCGGUGCUGUCUUUUCCCGAGCGCAUCUCGAACAAUUGGUGGCGUUUGCGGAACGGCACCGACUGCCCAUUGUGGCCGAUGAAGUCUAUGGAGACUUGACAUUUCAAGAACAUCCCUUUCAUCCCAUGGCAUGUGUGGCCAGUGGAAAAGUACCCGUCAUUACGGCCAGUGGUUUAGCCAAGCAAUUCUUGGUCCCUGGAUGGCGAGUCGGAUGGAUUGUCUUUCACGAUAAUGUUCAAGGGUCUCUGAGAGAGGUAGAGGCCGGCGCCAAACGUCUAGCACAAGUGGUGUUGGGAGCGUCGCACUUGGUGCAGAUGGUCGUCCCCAAGAUAUUGGAUAGCAACAAUCAAGAGCUGCGACAGUGGAAAGCAGACCUCAAGUUGACACUGGAAGAACAGGCCAAGUUUCUGAGUCUCAAGUUGAAGGAUUGCCCAGGUUUGGAAGUCAAGGAACCACAGGGAGCCAUGUACUUUAUCUUGAGGAUUCAUGUCUCCAAGUUUGGGCCUGCCAUUCAAUCCGAUCUGGACUUUAGCUCGCUGCUUCUGCAGGAAGAAAACGUCUUUGUUCUUCCAGGAAUAGCGUUUGGAGUCCCGGGCUUUUUCCGCGUAGUCUUUUGUGGCCCCGCCACGGUUUUGGAGCAGGCUACCAAGAGGAUCCAAUGCUUUUGUGAACGUCAUUUUCAGGCUAGCUAGCUGAGCACUCAGGCCAAGGCAUAGAAGAAGAGGGGUGGAUGAGAUGAGUGCUGUGGCUGUUUUGGAGGAUAUGCACUCGGCAACAUUCACGUUUUUAGAGAAAUGUAGAUUUCAACAAUCCAGCAAGGCUACCUUAUCGUAACGGUAGUAUACGGAUACAUGAAACACAUUGUUUGGUUAAAUGAUAAAACCUAGAUUCAGGUCGUCUACAAGCAAUUAGAUUUGCGCACACAGCCAGUGAAGAACGUGAAGGAGUGCUGUGGCACCUGCGUCGUUCCAUUUUUUUAAAUAAAUUGACUUGGUCUGCACGGGCACUCUUCAUGAGCCUUUCCCUUGGGUGCGGUACAUCGUACCCAGCUUUGCUGUCUGAUAACUAC